GAUUAGCUUCUCAAAUCAAAUUAUUAAAUUCAAUCAAUCAAUCUUCAGUUUAUAAAGAAUCAGGAUUAAGAAGCAGAAGACAAAGAAAGACAAUUUAAGUGAAAUCACAAAAAGAUGUCAGAAAAUGAAAUCAGUACUGAAAUCAUCACUCUUACUCGACAUGUUCUUAAUGAUCAAGCUAAAACACCACAAGCCACCGGUGAUUUAACUAUCUUACUUACAGCUAUUCAAACUACUUGUAAAUUCAUAGCUACAAAUGUAAGAAGAGCUAGAUUAUUAAACUUGAUCGGAGCAGCUGGUGUGACAAAUGUUCAAGGAGAAGAACAAAAGAAAUUAGAUGUACUUUCUAAUCAGAUUAUGAUUAAUUCAUUGAGAGCUUCUGGAAAGAUUGCAUUAAUGGUAUCUGAAGAAAAUGAUGAAGCUAUCUUUGUGGAAGAUCCUAAGAUGAGAGGAAAGUAUUGCGUGGUGUUUGAUCCACUGGAUGGUAGUUCGAAUAUAGAUGCUGGUGUGAAUAUUGGAACUAUCUUUGGAAUUUAUCGAGUGCCUCCAGAUGAGACUCCAGACAUCAAACAUGUUCUUAAGCCCGGUAAAGAGAUGGUAGCAGCUGGUUACUGCAUGUAUGGAUCCAGUGCUAAUCUAGUGAUCUCGACUGGAAAUGGUGUAAAUGGUUAUACACUCGAUAACGGUAUUGGAGAAUUCAUUCUCACCCAUCCUAAAAUUCAAGUACCAAAACGUGGCAAGAUUUAUUCAUUUAAUGAGGGUAAUACAAUGUUCUUUCAUGAACCUGUGCUUAAGUAUUUGAAUUCGAUUAAGUUUCCAUCAGAUGGAAAACCUUAUUCGGCUCGAUAUAUCGGUUCUAUGGUUGCUGAUGUUCAUCGUACCUUACUUUAUGGAGGUAUUUUUGGGUAUCCAGCUGAUAAGAAAUCAAAGACUGGUAAAUUGAGGAUACUCUAUGAAGGAUUUCCUAUGGCAUUUUUAACUGAACAGGCAGGAGGAGUGGCUACCACUGGAACUGAAAGAGUUUUGGAUGUGGUUCCUACUGAGAUUCAUCAAAGGAUUCCAAUCUUUUUAGGUAGUAAAGAAGAUGUAGAAGAUUUACAAAAGUUUUAUAAGAGUUGAAGAUGAAUGCUUGUUUUUGAUUUAAAUUAAGGGUUUUAAACAAAAUUCUUACUUUUUAUUAUCUUCUUAUAGUAUUUGUCGAUCAGUUGAACUAUAACUGAAGACAUCUUAUGAUCAUUUUAUUUUAUUCGUAUCCUUUUUCUUAUCAGUUUUUGGUCUUUCAUCUAUCAUUGGUAUCUAUUAAGCAUUUCUUGUUUUUAUUAUUAAGAUUGGUUUCUCUUGUUGUAAGAUAUGAAAAGGACUUUUUCCAUUGAUCUGAACCU